ACUGUCGUAAAGCGACAGCGCUGUCGUGCAGCGUCUGUACAGCUGGAGCUGAACUUUAAACCGUGGACGUGAAGGAGAAGUGUUGAUCUUGUUAAUGGAGAAGUCCAGUUAACACGACGCUGGUCACAAUGUUUUAACAGAAGCAGCGAACAGGAGAAGACUCGCUCACACUGAAGAUUUGCAGGCUGUGUGCAGUCCGAUGAUGGGUUCCUGGCAUCCAGUGGCUAACCUCAGAGACUAUGCAUCCCAUAAUCCUCCAAUGGUGACAUUCUUUCUGUGUAUGUUGAGUCUGGUGAUCUCCUUCAUCUGCCUGGGCUCUUACAGCUACUCUCACACUCUGCCCAACCCCGACACAGCCAAGGACUGGAACCAACUUCUGUCCUCCUUAUCACAGCUCCAGCUGUGUACGAAAGCCAUUGCCGAUUCAUCUGCACUUGUCUCACCAGCUCCCUCUCAUCUGAUGGAAGAAAAAAAGGAUAAAGAGACAAUGGUUGACCCUACAAAACUGUCUUCUUCAGUCACACAUUUGCAUCUCGAGGUUCCUGUGGCUGUGACUGCCAGCAGAGCUCGUGGCUCUGGAAAAUACUUUAGUCUAUACACUUCCUUGAGAGCCAGUCAACUACAUCUCGGUGGCAAUGAGAUUGUCAAUAUGACUCUAGAGUUUCUGACGGGAAAUAGAACCCACACCUGCCUCAACAUUAGUGCCCCAUCACACCUCCUGCCCCUGAGCCCACGUCCUAUGAAGUGUCCUGCAUUUCAGAAAAAUAUUUCACCCGUCCAUGUGGAAGUGAGCAACCAGCUGCCCACAGCAUCACAAACCUGCUACAGUUUACGCAGCAAGAAUGACCCUACACUCACAGUCAUGUUAACACAGGAGGAGCGGACUGUUGCCGUGCAUCAUCUGUUGGAAGUCAGUGUUUUCCUGCUCGGAGUUUGCAUUGUACUCUGUUUAGCUGCGAGUGUGACACGUUCGCUCAUACCCUGCUGCCACUGGAAUGGGCUGGAUCUAAAAAAUGAACCAUUGAUUGACUCCUGAUCUCUUCUCACCCUCUGCGUCUUGCAGAGAUCAGCUGGUUGCUGCUUUUGAAGGGACCGACUUCAUGAAUGUUUAAGACUUAAGUGGCGCAUCCCUCUAAUAACGUAGUGACUGGUCAUAGAACCACUCCCCAGUCUGUUUGUUAUGUACACUACAUUCUAGGGAUAAUUUACUUUCAAAACCUUUCUACUUCAAUUAUUUCCAAGAUUUAUUCUUAGUACCUUGUGAAAAAUAUCUGAUUGCCUUCAACUGUGUCAGGUUUUAAUAUACCAAUUCUUCUUCCAAUUAAACAUCUAAAAUUAACAUUAUUUUACCACUGAAGAGUAAUAGUAUAUUAUACCAUGUUCCUAUCAGCAGUUGUACUAGGAAUGUUUUUUUUAACUUUUAUUCACAUGUCUGACAUUGAUCACAGAAGUCAAAUCUACAGAUCCACAGUGUGAGUAUUGUUGCAUUCUCACAGAUACAGUGCAAUGAAUUAUGACUUGAAUAGCUGGGGAAAUUUUAAGAUGUGAAUUUUGAAGAAACAUUGAAGGGUUUAUAACUCUUGUUUGUUUUCUGAAUUUCAACAUAUGGUGUUAAAGGGAUAAAACGUAAAAUGACUAUGUUCUGUUAAUUUCCUAUGAAAUAUAUUUGUCAAAUAAAGUGUUUACAGCUCAAAA